UACAUAAAACUCAAGUAUUACAGAUCAAGUAAAAGAAAGACAUUGCUAGGUUAUCGAUGUAACAAUGUGCAUAUUGUGAGAAUAAUAACAAAUAUUACUUAUAAAAAUGCCGAUAAUUCUCCGAAACAUUGUCACGAAAUUGCAGACAUGUAAACAGCAGUCGUUAAAAUUCUGCACUGCUGUCGUUAAGGAGCAGACGACCAGUCUAGAACCAGUCCCAAUUAUUUCCAAAAAGAGUUACAGAGAUGAGAAAUUUUUGUAUCAAAAGCCACGCCAAAUAUGGUUGGAGAAUUUGGAUACAAUAGAGAGAAAGAAAUUAGGUCUAGUGUUCCUGCAUCCCACUGUCUACGCAGCAGCACCAAGGGUGGACAUUAUUCAUGAGAAUGUUAAAUGGCAGAGACUGUAUCGUUUUGUGAACUAUGAACACACGAAAACACGGGCAGAAGUAAGAGGUGGUGGUCGGAAACCUUGGCCACAAAAAGGAUUAGGUCGUGCACGCCAUGGAAGCAUAAGAUCACCAUUGUGGAAAGGUGGUGGUAUUGCACAUGGUCCCAGAUCUCCAACACCUCACUUCUAUAUGCUUCCCUAUUUCACACGUGUUGCUGGUCUUUGCAGUACAUUGUCUGUAAAACUUGCUCAGGAUGAUCUAUUCAUAGUUAACGAUUUAGAAAUACCAACUCAGGAUGCCUCUUAUAUGAAUCAACUAGUCGAGGAAAGGUGUUGGGGUCCUUCUGUACUUUUUGUUGAUACCGAUGAUAUAAUGCCAUUAAAUAUAACAGCAGCAACAGAUAGCAUUGCGCACAUGACCCUAAUGCCUGCAUAUGGGCUAAAUGUAUACAGUAUGCUAAAGUAUGAUACUUUAGUUCUCACGGAAAGAGCGGCGCGUUAUAUCGAAGAUAAAAUUCUGUUUCAACUAAAUAGAUCAGAUUCUGCAAAAUUGUUGGAGAAGUUCAAGCUUAACCAGCAGUAAAAUCGAUCCAAAGAAAAAAUUAAAUUCUUUAUUAUUGAUCAAAUUGUUGUUAUUUUUACCAACAGUAAAUAUGUUUUUUCUUAUAACAAUUAAUCCUCGGAAGACGAAGUUUUCCCAAAUCAACGUCUGAAAAUUGAACUACUAUGUUGUACCAUAAAAAUCGUAUUUCUUAUAACUAAUUAUUUCUAGUGAAAAAUUUAUCUUCUAUGCUUAGUUAAGGUCAUUUCUUUUUUAAAAUUGGCAUACUGGUCGACUUCCUAGGAAGUGGCUGAAAAAUAAGAAACUUUAAGAUUUUACGAAAUAAAUAAUAAAAGAAUAUACUGUUA